UUCGUUUGGGUUUUAUUAGCGCGCGGUCGUUGGGUGUUGCGAAACUACUUUACAAAUACAAUGCAGUCGUUCCUUAUAUUUGUUGUCGCACUCGCGUGCUUUCAAUCUAUUGAUUGUCGGAAGUUACAGCCAUUAUCGUGCGACGAUAUACGACAGUUCGUCAACGGUCACAAUUUGCGGCGUGAACAAAUAGCCAAGGGUGAAAUAUCUGGACAGCCGGCAGCGACCCAAAUGAAAUACAUGAUUUGGGAUAAGGAGUUAGCUGCGAAAGCUGCAAAGUGGGCUUCGUCGGACAAUGAUUUCCAUAAUCCAGACAGGAGCAUAGCAUCCGAAAGGUUUUCAACGGGCGAGAACUUGUACUGGUAUAUGACGAGCAAUAAAAAUCACAAGAUCAACCCAGAUUCCGCCCUCGAAUCUUGGUUCAAUGAACAUGAAAACUACAAAUUUGCGCCCUUAAAAUCGAGCGACUUUCAAAAAACUGGGAAAAAGCAGAUCGCCCACUACACUCAGAUGGUGUGGUCUGAUAGUGAUCGCGUUGGCUGCGCUAUCGGCACCUCGCGGACUGCACAGAUGAAAUCAUUCUUCGUUGUGUGCAACUAUGGACCUGCUGGGAACUAUCUAGGCAAUAUCCCAUACAAAUCCGGAGAGCCGAGCAAUCGUCUCGUCUGCGGCGCCGGCGACUGCAGUAAACCUUAUGGAGAUCAAUGCUAAUCACUACAAUAUUUAUAAUCUUUAUUCAUUCUUUUCUUAUUUAUUAUUAAAUUUUCAAAGCAAUUAUUUUAAACAAAACAGAAAAUAUUUUCACUCGAUUUACUUAUGAAUGAAAACGUGCUUGAAAUAGUUAUUAGUAAAAAAAAACGGUUAUUGGUAAUAUAAGUAAGGACAAGACUUCUAUUACAAGAUUAUUAUAUUUGUAUUGCUACAUAAAUAUCUCAAUAUUUUAGGGGGUUCCUGUUGAAAAUGUGCACCGAAUAGUUAU